GUGAAAGCCCCGGCUGGAGCAAUGACCGGCGAGUUAUGCUGGGGCGUAGUUUUUAGAGCAGUUCUCAGUAGUUAGUGGUUAGGCCCUCAGCGCUGCCGAUAACGUUUCUUGUAGAAAAGCGGAACGUCGCUCCUUUUUUUUUAUUUUUCUUUUUUUUUGUGGUUCAUGAAAAACAGGGCUUUGUUGGCUCAGCCACCGCAGGCUACUAGUUGCUCCGAUCGCUGAUGUCGUUGAAGCCGCGCGCGUAGGAUAGCGGUUCAAGCAUAUAGAACUACUAUCACGGUUGAAUGCUUUUCGUAACACAGGGGGCCCUAAGGCGACGGGGUGGUUGUGCUCUCCAACCUCAGCAGGUGUUGCUGCUCACGUCCCUCCCUUACCUGUCAGCGGAAGUCCUUGGGGUUUCAGCAAUUGACCUCUUAGCUUGCUCAAAACGAGGAGCGGUAAAAUUGAAUCGACGUCGCGGUGCAAUCAUGAUGCGGGAAGACGACGAUGAGCUCGAGGUGUCCUUCCCCCCAGAACGUCCCUCCAAUGACCGCUCGGCCUCACCACCUCGCUGGGUCUCAGAGUGCGAAAUUGAGGAGCCGGAAAUCUCUAGGGGAUUCCAACACCUAGAGGUCGAUUCGCCCAGGAGCCGUCCUGCCUUGUCACUCUCCACCCUAGUCGUCCCCAAUCGGCAUAUGCAGUUGACUCAGGUCAUGUCCACUCUUGAGCUCCCAGCGUUCAUACAAGGCGCUCUGAGCCUGGUCAGAGUCUCAGAGCAUUUCACUGGCUGGAUCUUUUCAAUCACACGGAAUUGCCGGCAAGCUGCCAAUGUCCUCAUGGCAGUUUGGGGCACAGACCUGUUCUUCUCAAGGACACGUAUUGCUAUCUGAGCUCUCUCCAAGUCCAAGGUACCUGGCCUGGGUUUAACGUUGGUGCCUAAGCACCAUUCCCCUGCUUCCAAUCAGCGAGGCGUUAUGUUUAAAAGCUCUGGAGUGUCCACACGGCAAACGUGAAGAGAAAAGCAGGUUCUUCAACAGAAUGCUUUGAGAGUGCAGACGGCUGGUGAAACAUGUGGGUUUGGUGGUGAUGCUGCUGGUCAUGCUGUGCACAUGGCCCUGCGAUGUACAUAAAUGGAGCAAGAACCUUGUUUUUGUUCGUCUAUCUUGUCACUGCUUUUCUCAUCUGCCUUCCCUCUGGUUCAGAAUCCCCUGUGACCACUUUCACUUAGCCGAUUUUGGUUGACUUCAGAAAUCGUGGGAGGGUUUUGGUAGCUUCUAGAAGAAGAUUUACGGUAUUGCUUUUCUGUUGUCCUCCAGUACCAAAGCAAUAGUGUACCCUACUUGAAAGUUUUCCUGGUGGAAGGGUCCAAUCCAAGUUGCCUUGCAGGCAUCACUCGAACACCUUUUUCGCCGAAGCCAGCGGAGAUGCCGUCACCAUUUGUACGAACACCGUGCGGUAACCAGAUGGGAGAAUUGGUCUGAGAAGCCGGCAGUAGUUCCACCCUCGUUCGCAGAUAUUCGCAGACGCCAGGCACCCUUGUCUGACAGUCAGGUUCAGAAUCAACAGACAGCCAGGAUAGCCUCGAGACCGUCAGACAGAGUCCAGCAAGCAAUACUGGACUGUUUCCCAACUGAUCCCAACUCCGGAUACAUUGUUUCCGAUUCCUUGCAUCAGCUUGUCAAGGCAAUGUCUGUUGGGAACUGGUGUGCUCAGAGUCUGUAGUUACCUAUUCCGAAACAGCUACUUGUUUUCCUUGGUCUUUAGAAGGUCUCGCGAGGAAAGGGCCGUCUUUCUCGCGAGCUUUCCUCUUCGAGCAUCUUGCGUAAUGGAUUUUUUACGCAGACAGUAGCGUCUGAGUUGAAGAUUAUUGCGACCUUCAUCCGUUCGCGUCCCGCGAGAUAGUUUCUCAGCAAUAGCCUGCUGCAUCCUCUGUAGAGCCUCGGUUUCUACUGACUCUGUUGCCAUGUACAGUAACUUUAAGGAGCAAGGGAUCGAGUAUGCGAAGCAGGCUGUAUUGGAGGAUACAGCUGGCAACUAUGCCAAGGCCUUGCCUCUCUACAUGAACGCGCUCGAGUAUUUUAAGACCCACCUGAAGUACGAGAAGAACCCGAAGAUUAAAGACGCCAUUCAGGCCAAGUUUGUCGAAUACCUAGAUCGAGCCGAGCAGAUUAAGGAGGUAUUGGAAGGAGCACCGCAGAACGGAGCGCCGGGAGACGCGGCGUCUGCGAUCAAGCCGAAGGCGAAGAAGGGCGGAGCCGGUGGGGGGGAUGACGAUGACGCCGCGAAGCUUCGAUCGGGAUUGAAUUCGGCCAUUGUGCGAGAGAAGCCAAACAUCAAGUGGUCUGACGUGGCAGGGCUGGAAGGCGCGAAGCAGGCUCUGCAGGAGGCGGUCAUUCUGCCGGUCAAGUUCCCCCAGUUCUUCACAGGCAAGAGGCGGCCAUGGAGAGCGUUCCUGCUGUACGGGCCUCCUGGCACGGGCAAGUCGUACCUCGCCAAGGCCGUCGCCACGGAGGCGGAUUCCACCUUCUUCAGCAUUUCGUCGUCCGACCUGGUGUCCAAGUGGAUGGGCGAGAGCGAGAAGCUGGUGGCGAACCUCUUUCAGAUGGCACGGGAGAGCGCGCCGUCCAUCAUCUUCAUCGACGAGAUCGACUCGCUGUGCGGGCAGAGGGGUGAGGGCAACGAAAGUGAAGCAUCACGGCGUAUCAAGACGGAGUUCCUGGUUCAGAUGCAGGGCGUGGGCAACGAGGACAACAAAGUACUGGUUCUUGCUGCCACCAACACGCCUUACUCGCUCGACCAGGCUGUGCGCCGGCGCUUUGACAAGCGCAUCUACAUCCCACUACCAGAUGUGAAGGCGCGGCAGCACAUGUUCAAGGUGCAUCUGGGAGACACGCCUUACAGUUUGUCUGAGAGGGAUUUCGAGGAGCUGGCGCAGAAGACAGAUGGAUUCUCGGGGUCCGAUAUUGCUGUCUGUGUGAAGGAUGUACUUUUUGAGCCGGUCCGGAAGACACAGGAUGCCAUGCACUUUAAGAAGGUGUCCAAGGACGGGGACAUGUGCUACAUGCCGUGUGGCCCCAGGGAGGCAGGCGCUAUUCAGACCACGAUGGAGGAGCUGGCAGCGCAGGGGCUGGGAGAGAAGAUCGUCCCUCCUCCCAUUAUGAAGUCAGAUUUUGACAAGGUGUUGUCGAGACAGAAGCCAACUGUAAGCAAAGACGACCUAAAGAUUCAAGAGAAAUUCACGGCAGAGUUUGGAGAGGAAGGGUGAAUGUGGAGUGUUAUGGCCAUUUUUUACCCCAUGGAAGAUGAGGUACAUGUUGGCUUUGAAUUGUGUUAUUCUUAUACACGAAUGUCCUUUAUCACACUAUAAUAGGUCUUAGGCUUUCAGUUGUUAAUAAUCUGGUAUCAAUUGUACGCGACAUGGUAUGAACAAGUUUA